AGCUUUCCCAAUCCCAAUCAUAAAAUCCCAAUCCCAAUCCAUGCAUUUCUCAACCUAAUUCGGUGAUCCGGGGGAAAAUCGAACUUGACGAACUUGUUCAUUCGCUGGAAGGAGUCAACUGCCAGUGAUCGAAGGGUACCAUUGGUUCAAUCGCAACCUCAACCACCUUCAAUUUUAGAUAGUAUGGGGAGGCGCAAACAACUACAUAUCACUUCUACUGACAUCAGUAAAAUGCAAGAUUAUCCAUCAAAAGGUAAUGUGUACAUGGAAGCUAGACUAGCGAGGAUUCAGGAGAACCAAAAAAGACUACGAGAAUUAGGAGUUAAAAACAUUGUGGACUCUAUGACAAGUUUGGUAGACAUUAACAAAAUGAAGAAAAAAACAGUGAAACGGAACAUUCGUGCGGAGGAUGUAGAUUAUAUUCCAGACCCAGGUGAAGAUCCAGGUGAUGAUUGUGAGGAAGAUAACCAACAAGUUGGUAGAAGUAUUGUAGUACCCAAAAAGCGACAUCAUUCACAAUAUAUUCCACCAAUGUCCAUGAGUAGAGCUGCUAAUCUAACGAAACUACGUUGGGUGCUUGCUCCAAAUGUCUCCCAAAAGGUUCCGUCUACUUCAAAGGCAACAAAACCGAAUAAAGAAGGAGCAAAGAGACGGGUGAUUCUUGUUGAUGAGGAUGAUGACGAGGACGAGGAAAUAUUUCAAGGUAAUAAAGUGGAUAUGGAAGUAGAUGGUGUUGAUGAAGAUGAUGAGCAUGGAGACAUGGUAGAUCACAACUAUUCUGAAGAUGAAAACAAUGAUCAAGAACAAUUGCAUGGCCCUGAAAAAGAUAAAGCAACAGACAAUAUGGGUAGGCGCAAACAACUACAUAUCACUUCUACCGACAUCAGUAAAAUGCAAGAUUAUCCAUCAAAUUCUCAUGAUGCACAAGGUAAUGUGUACAUGGAAGCUAGACUAGCGAGGAUUCAGGAGAACCAAAAAAGACUACGAGAAUUAGGCGUUAAAAACAUUGUCGACUCUAUGACAAUUUUGGUAGAGAGUAACAAAAUGAAGAAAAAAACAGUGAAACGGAACACUCGUGCGGGGGAUGUAGAUUAUAUUCUAGAUCCAGGUGAAGAUCUAGGUGAUGAUUGUGAGGAAGAUAACCAACAAGUUGGUAGACUUGCUUAUGAAGUGGCAACGAAGAAUGAUGGUGUAUACCCGACCCGAGGAGAAAUGUAUAUAACAACUCGCACUCGUAAAGAUGGAAGUUUUGUUGAUGAUAAAGCAGCUAACGUUGUGGCUUCACUAAAAGCUAUUGCAAGUGACUCUGCAAGCAAACCCAUAGAUUCGCAUGAUUUUACAAAUGAUGAAUACUCAAAAGUUAAAGGCUUAGAGAAAAGAGGGUAUGUUCGAUUAGUUGGAAGAAUGCCAGCCACAAAAAGUAAAGGUGAUUCUUCAACUAAUUCACAUACUAUUCAUCAGCUUCAGAGUGUUGUGAACGUUAUGAUGAACAUUAUCCAAGAACGUAUCCCCGAUGCAAACUUGCCUAUAGUUCUUAGCAAUAAGAACAUACAGGUCCCUCUCGUCGGUUCUUCGGCUCCUAGCAACUCUUUACCUAGUAACGAAUUAUCAUCUUCAAGAAGUGACGAUAUUGAUGACAGAGCUGAAAACAUGUGAAGCCUUGGAGGAAUAGAGAUAACAAGAUUAAUGGAUUUCUUGGCACUAAGUUUUUUUAGAGUAUGAUUCGUAUCGAAAGAACGCUUUGACUUCUUUUAUAGACAUUCAUUUGUUUUCUAACACUUAUAGUAUGUUUUGGAUCGAACUUUUAGUUGAAGUUAUGACAUUAUUAUUUUGCUA